AUGACUGCUAUCUUCCUGAUGUCCAUGCUUUUUGGCCUUGCAUGUGGGCAAGCAAUGGCUUUUUGUAUUCCAACUGAGUAUAUGAUGCAUGUCGAAAGGAAAGAGUGUGCUUACUGCCUAACCAUCAACACCACCAUCUGUGCUGGAUAUUGUAUGACACGGGACUUCAAUGGCAAGCUGUUUCUUCCCAAAUAUGCUCUGUCCCAGGAUGUUUGUACAUAUAGAGACUUCAUGUACAAGACUGUAGAAAUACCAGGAUGCCCACGCCAUGUUACUCCUUAUUUCUCCUACCCUGUAGCUAUAAGCUGUAAGUGUGGCAAGUGUAAUACUGACUAUAGUGAUUGUAUACAUGAGGCCAUCAAAACAAACUACUGUACCAAACCUCAGAAGUCCUAUGUGGUGGGAUUUUCUAUCUAA